AUGGUUCGACGGACGUAUAGUUCCGACACGGCAUGGGAUCGUCUUACCAGAAGUGCAGAAGAUGAAAGUGGAGAUUCGCAAAGAAGAAAAUUACCUCAUAGCGAUGGCCUGUCUGCUACAGAGCAGCCUUCCGAGACGUCGUUCACGCCAGUAGAACGAGAUGGCGCAUCGACUGAACCCGAACCGAAAGCUCCCACCUCGUCCAGUGGUUCAACAAAGCGAAGCGGCGGUCUCCUGACGAGAUACUAUAUCGGAGAAGACCCCCAAGAUCGCCCCGAGCGGCGUCGCGUAGGCCGUCGUAGCGUGUACCUCCAGUCUGAGCAAUUGGAUGUCAACAUGCUGGGAGAAAAGGCACGGACGAUCGUGAUGCGCGACAUGGGAGGCAGCCAGAGGAGCAUUAGUCAAUUGCCUGUCGAAGAGCUUCUCCCUGAGGCAUUCGAUAUUGGCAAAAGCCUUCAAUCUGAAGAGAAGGAUCUGACGAUGGAAGAGGCUCUAUCAAAUCUUGACGAGGUCCGGCCGUCCGACCCCAUUGUCUCGUACAGUGACUUUUAUGGGCUGUUGGAUGUCCUCAUCAAUGGCUUUACAGUUGCUCAGCUCAGGACAUAUCUGAACCAUGCGAACGCAAAGUCUGCGAUUGCGCCCAAGAAGAAGGGGAAGCAAACUUACGAUUGUAUAAAAGCGGUGACCCCUUGGACCCCAGUGCAACGCGUCGAGAUCGAUGGCUCGCCCAAGGAGAAGCUGGGAUUGACUCUCAUGCUGGACGCCUGGCGUUUGGACGUUAAGGAGAUUGUCGACGGUCAGGGUAUCUUGAACGGGAGGAUUGAUGAGCGAUUCUUUUCCCUGUUAACGAAUGACGAACAGCGACUGGACGCCAUCAGAGAGGCCUAUCUCGAUCCGGGCGAAAGCAUUGAGAUCUCAAAUUUGAUACUAAAGAUCAACGCCACCAAGGCCAAGACGCAGGCAAUUCUUCAGAGAUUGGACGAAGCUUCUAAAGAUAUCGUCGUGGAGAACUUCAAGGCAGAUUGGCUUGCUGACAGUCAUGUCGACGCCAAGUUGCUCAGGAACUUGGGUCAGCUCACCAACACAUUCAUCAAUCAUAAAAAGCGUAACGAGAUCGAGGUGUCGUGGAUAAAAGACGGAGCUACAGAAGUCGCCGUCGGCGAACAACUGGACCAAGACGACAUGGGUGAACAGCUGGGCCACAUCGUCCAACGUCUAUUACACUCCGCACUCUUCCCCAGGGAAGCGUCUGUCAUCCUCAAGCACGAGUCCGACGUGAAGUCGGCAAGACUUGUUGCCGAGCCUCGUGGUACUGAGAAGCUUUCGUGGAAGGACAGGCUCCCGCAGUGGUCCCGCUGGGUGAAGCAAGCUAGCCGCCAAGACUCCGUCGAUGGAGUCUUCACCAUUACGGAGGGCGAGAUCUUACCCCUACCUCUCCACCUCCAGACCCAGACCCCAGAUUCAGAUGCUCCGUGGAGCAAGCCGUUCGUCUCAACGACCGCCUCCUUUGGCCAUAUCCUCCACCAAUACGAUGAGGCAAAAUUCUCAAUAGCCAAGGCAGCCAAAGCUAAAGCCCACAUCUUUUCACCUUGCUCUCCGCCUCCCGCCGGUCUCGCUCCCGUUGUGGAGCCGGCCGCCUUCGCGGAGCUGUCAACCCCCGUCGUGACUACUCUCGUCCUCGGCUUCCGUCCUCACCCCACCGCGGUCAAGGAAAUCGCCCGCAAUCUCCCCGAUCUCCUCGAACUCCACCUCACCGUCCCGGAUGACCUCCCCGAGGGUCCUCUAGCGUGGGACGCCUGUCCCAGACGGCUCGUCGCCACCCUCAGCCAGACCUUCGCCGACGUCGCGUACCCCUCUGAGCCCGUCGACCUGCGCUUCUCACAGCCGCUGCUGUCCACCAUGUCACCAACUGCCCUCGACGCCUCUGCCUUCCGCGAGUACAUUGAGACCGCGAAGCUGAAUCUACUUGAAGGACGUCUUCGCCCGCCCCCCGAGGUCGAGCUCUCGGGUCUUCCUUCCGCCAAGGACGCUGACAGCGUUUCGGGGCCGGCGAAAUACAUGUUUGCCGGUCUCGAGAUGCGUCGCACUCUCGAAGUGGAUUUCGAGGGUCACAAGCUUCAGUACACGAGCAUCGAGGCCGGUCUGCACGGCGGCCGCCGCUCCCAGAUGAGUUUGGAAGCUGUUCCACCGUCUGCCGAAGCGGCCUUGUCAAAGGACGAGCAGAAGGGGUAUGUGAAGAGGUACCUUGGCAUAGCGGAGGACUUUGUGAGAGGGAGGGUUGUUCAGUGGAUCGGAGACAGGGAUAUUGCGAGAGAGUUUGAGGAUGUUGAGGAGACGUCGGCGGUGGCUGACGAGGUUGAGGUUGAGGUUGAGGAUGCUGAGGAGGUGCAGGCUUUUGAUGAGAGUGAGCUUGAUCUUGCUGAGGAGCAGCUGGAAGCGGCAGAAGAAGGAGAGGCUGAGACGUCUGUUGGCGGCGAUGUUGAGACGCCGAAGAAGGAUGACCUGUAA